GUGCAGAUUUGCUGGUUCACAAUUAAGAUAAGUUUUCUUUUUGCGAACGGCUGGCUGUGCUCUUGUAUUGUUUCUGUGUGAUUUUUUUUUUUUGUCUACUACGGAGUGUUCGAGUUUUCAAAGUGCAUAAAUGUGAAGUGGGAACUGUCAAAACAAGAUGGUGAGAGGGGAGGGAGUAUCUUACACCUUUCCCCUCAAAGGAGUCCCUUUUGAAAGCACGUGGGUCAGCAAAGUUUUCCGAUGACAACAUCGUCGUGGGAAAAACUAUGACGUCAACGCAUCUAGGAAAAUUGAGAACAGAAUUACUUACCAAUAUAUAACCCUGAAAUUCAAAACUCAUAGUUUACUACUAUUCUCGCAAUCACAUUUCCAUAACCUUCUCAAUAUCUUAAGAUGGAUUUGCCAUUUCGUGCGGAAUACGCCAAGACUGGUCGUUCAUCAUGUAGAGGAUGCCGGACUUUUAUAGCUGACAACACAUUGAGAUUAGCUGUUAUAAGUCAGGCGUCCACGUUUGACAAAAGAAUUGCGCGUUGGUAUCACGUUCCUUGUUUCUUCGAUACACAGCUUGUGAAAAGUGUUGGAGAUAUAUCGAAUUUUGAAUCACUCAGAUCGGAAGACCAACAAUUGAUCAGAUGUAAAGUGGCUGGAGCACCUUCUGGAUCAACUGGUGGAGUCAGUAAUGGAAUGUCUGCUAGAGAAAUUAAAGAUAUGAAAGAACAAAAUGCUUUGAUGUAUUAUUACCACGAUCGUUUGAAAUUACUAGAAAAGAAACAGUCGACUGCUUUACUGGAAUAUAACAAUCAAGAAGCGAUUGCUGCGAGUACCGAAACUAUUCAUGAUAGAUUAGCUGAUGCGAUGACGUUCGGAGCAUUACUUCCUUGCGAAGAAUGCGGACACAGUCAAAUAGUGUUUCGCUCUGGUGUUGGAUAUUUAUGUUUAGGCAAUAAAAACGAAUGGGUCAAGUGUGAAGCAGUUACAGAUGACCCCAAACGUAAACCUUUCCUAGUGCCAUACGAGUUGAAAAAGAAAUUUGAAUUUUUAGCGACGUACAAAUAUAAACCUCAGAAAAGAAUUUUUCAAUCCAAUAAACCCACGGUCUCGAAAUCGCUCAGCUUUAAUGGUGGCAAGUACGAGUCAAAUCUUCCAUCCAAGGUAAAGCUCAAAGUUCAAAACGGUGUGGCCGUUGAUCCAGCCUCCGGAUUGGAGGAUGUUGCUCAUGUGUACCGUUUAAACAAUGACAGUUAUACCGUUGUACUUUCUGAAGUUGACAUACAGUUCGGACGUAACUCUUACUAUAUACUUCAAAUUCUGGAAUCUAAUGAUAAAACAACGUAUUGGUUGUUCCGCGCUUGGGGACGUGUUGGUGGCAGAUACAGAAGUAAAAAGCUCGACAUGAUUAGUAGAGUAGAUGCCAUCUUCGAAUUCGAAUGGUUAUUCGAAGAGAAAACCGGCAACAUGUGGAAAAACCGUGCUAAGUUCGUGAAAAAGCCGGGAAAAAAGAAUUGGGUUGAUGUUUCAUACGAAGAUGAGCCCGCAGUACAUUACAAACUUCAGCAGCCUGUUCGAAAUCUUAUCACUCUCAUAUUCAACGUAGACACUAUGAAAAACAUCAUGAAAGAGUUCGAGCUGGAUACGAAGAAAAUGCCGUUGGGUAAACUGAGUAAAGAACAGAUAACGAAAGGUUUUGAAGUGCUGACCGAACUGCAGAAUUGCAUCAUCUUCUCAGCACCUGUUGAUCGUAAAAUGAUGUACCAGAACUUAGCGGAUUUGACUGACCAAUUUUAUACUUUGAUUCCGAAUAGUUUCAGUGUUGAUGAUCCGCCAUUGUUUAAUGACCUGGAUACUAUAAAGCAAAAAUAUGAAAUGUUGCGCACGUACACGGAAAUGGAAAUUGCGCAAUCGAUGCUCAGAGCUGUAGAAUCCGAAAACAAGGAUGUUCACGCUAUCCAUUCGUAUUAUUUAAAAUUGAAAACAGAAAUCAGCCCUUUGAACAGAACCGAUCCGGAAUUUCAACUGCUGCAAUUGUAUGUUCAAAAUUCUCAUACCGAAAUUCAUCGCAAGCUUUACGAUCUCGAAAUCGCGGAAAUUUAUAAAGUCGAAAGACAAGGAGAACGUGAGCGAUACAAACCAUACAAAAACGCACACAACAGGAAGCUCUUGUGGCACGGUUCCAGACUUACCAAUUUCGCCGGCAUCCUAUCUGAGGGUCUUCGUAUUGCAUCUCCGGAAGCACCACUGACCGGUGCUAUGUUCGGUAAUGGUAUCUACUUCGCUGAUAGGGUGUCGAAAUCGGCCAAUUAUUGUAAGUACACGGAUACAAACAAUACUGGUGUGGUAUUAUUGUGCCAAGUCGCACUUGGAAAUAUGGGUGAACUUACUGAAGCCAAACCAGACCUAAAGAAACCACCCGCAGGUAAGCAUAGCGUCAAAGCAUUGGGUAAAAUAGAACCUGCUGAAUCCAUUGUUCGAGAAGAUGGUGUCGAAAUACCAUUGGGUAAAGGAAUUGUGACCGACAAAAAGAUAAAGUUGCGGUUCAACGAAUAUGUUGUUUAUGAUGUCGAUCAAGUCAAGGUGGAAUAUUUAGUGCAGCUGAAGUUCCUUUGCAACUGAUGCUCAAAGAGCUGACGAAGCUACAAUUAGUUAUUUCGUUCAAAUUACAUUUGUUAUUAUGUUCCUGACCUACAUAUGUACAUACGAGUAGCAUAGUAAGUUAUACGUUUACUCAAUAUCAAAGACCAGUCAUCAAUCUAAAAAUCCUUUUUUAUACCAAUUUUUUAAAUUUUGAAUUAAAACCUUUUUUUAAUGAA